CAUCAUUCAAUUGAUAGAAAUAGUUAUCAAUCCAUAGAUGCAUUCUCAUCAUUCCCAUAGUGGAGACUAUGUGUCACAUGCUGUUGACUCGUUAGAGUCAAUUGUACAAUUGGCAUCCCAGAAGGGGUUUACAAUUUUCUGUUUAACAGAACAUAUGCCGAGACUUAAUUCACAAUUUCUAUAUCCAGAAGAAUUAGCUAAAAGUUAUUCACCAAUAGAACUUAAUGAGGAUUUUCAUAAUUACUUAAAACAUGCUAAAAAGUUAAAAGAGGAAUAUAAUGGGAAUGGUGCACUUAAAUUAUUAGUGGGGUUUGAAGUCGAAGGUAUAGAUGAUGCUCAUAUUGAUUUAGCCAAUAGUAUUAUAAAAAAUGAUUCUGCUAUUAAUAUGUGCGUAGGAUCAGUUCAUCAUGUUCAUAGUAUUCCCAUUGAUUUUGAUCGAGAAACUUGGGUGAAAGCGAGAAGUUUUACUAAAGAAGGAACUACGCGAGCAUUAUAUCGUGACUAUUUCCAGUUACAGUAUAAGAUUAUUACGAGAAUUAAACCUCUGGUAGUGGGACACUUUGAUUUGAUAAGAUUGUUUGAAGAUCCUGAAGAAAUUGAUGUCACUACUAAUAAGAAAAUAAAAGAUAUAGUAUUGAAAGAUGAUUGGCCUGAAGUAUGGACAUUGAUUAUAAACAAUAUCCAAGAAAUUAAUAGUUAUGGAGGUUUAAUAGAAGUCAACUCAGCAGCAAUUAGGAAAGGUUGGAAAACUCCAUACCCUAAGAAAGAUAUAGGUACUGAAAUAUUAAAACUUGGAGGUAAAUUCUGUCUUUCUGAUGAUUCUCAUGGUUUAAAACAGAUUGGAUUAAAUUUUCAUAAAGCUUGGAUUUAUUUAAGAGAUGAUUUAAAGGCUGAAUUCAUAUACCAUUUAGAUCUUGAUGAUAAUGAUAAAACUAUUGUAGUAAAAGAAUCAAUAGAUCAUUUAGAUAAAUCUACAUUUUGGGAACAAUAUCAUUAAAUAUUCGUUUGAUAAGGGUUCUAGACAAUAAAAUAAAAUAAAAUAUAAAUAAAAUAUAAUAUAAUCUAUGUAC